UAGUUCUGAAAGUUGUUGUGAAACUCGAGGUGUUUUUAAUUUAUUCUCACUAUACAUGUUUAUCGUUUGUCUGUUUAUACACACGUGAUUCGUUAUCAUCUGACUUCGCGGAGUAUUAUUUGUAUUAUUAGGUGGAUGCGUCGCCAUAAAUACCGUGACGUCAAAACCGCGCGACAUCGGACUGAGUGAAGAUGAAUGGAUGAAGGUGAAGGAAUGGGGAUAGACACUGCGGGAUUGUAUUCUAGUUUCUACUCCUUACCCCGGUAACCCGCAGGUCCGCUCCUCGUGCCACCAUGCUGAGAGUCACGCGCUCCGCCAGCCGCCACUUGCUGCAGCUUCCAGCGCGUGCACCUUGUUCAGCGGUGAUUCACCGGGACUCACCUGCACCGGGGCUCACGUGCCGCUCCCCGCAGCCCGCCGCCGUCCGGUACCGGGCGGGUGUCCGGACGGUGUCCGGUGGUCCGGCGGCUGCGGGCGGAUGGUACGGCGGGCUCGCGGACUCCGCGCCGGUUCACCUGUGUGAGCAGGUGCUGGUGAGUGUGCACGAGAUGAGCGCGUGCCCGUGGUGGCUGAGCAUCGCUGUGGCCACGCUGUCGGUCAGGACUGUGAUCACUCUGCCGCUGGCAGCCUAUCAGCUCAUCAUCAUCUCCAAGGUGGAGGCUCUGCAGGCGGAGAUCUCCGAGCUGGCCAAGAGGCUCCGGUAUGAAGUGUCAGUUCGAGCGAGCGAGAAAGGCUGGACGGAGAAACAGUGCAGGUUCCAGUUCAAGAAGAAUCUGCGUCGUCUCAUCUCGGAGCUCUACAUCAGGGACAACUGCCACCCCUUCAAGGCCAGUCUUCUGGUCUGGGUCCAGCUGCCGCUCUGGAUCAGUUUCUCUCUGGCCCUCCGAAACCUGAGUCUGGAUCCGUCUGCGGUGCAGGACCAGCUUGCAGCAGGGGGCGCUCUGUGGUUCUCUGACCUCACCUUGCCCGACUCCACCUGGAUCCUCCCGGUCUGCCUGGGACUCACCAACCUGAUGGUGGUGGAGGUGUUUUCUCUCCAAAGGGUCACGACAUCCCGGUUCCAGCGGGUGGUCCUGAACGCCAUCAGAGUCUUCUCGGUGGUCAUGAUCCCCAUCGCCGCCUCCGUCCCCUCGUCCAUGGCUCUGUACUGGUUCACCUCCUCUCUGGUGGGAUUCGGUCACAACAUGCUCCUCCGCUCUCCCCGGAUACACAGACUCCUCGGCGUGAGGACCGGAGGCUCCCAGACUCCGUACCGAGACCUGCUGUCAGCCUUCAAGUCUAAAUACUGGAAAUGAGCGCUGCCUCCAUGCUGCAUGAACACGCUCGGCUCAUUCUUUGAUUGCGGCGUGGCUGCAUCCUGUUUUUGGAAUGGGACAAUAACAGGAAGGAGACUCGCGACCUCUGACUCCAAUGUUUCCACAGCCAUGGUCUCCCCAGAGGAGUGAGGAGAAACGGUCCGAGGAGCAGACUGCUCACAUUACAGCCACCAGGGUCUACUGUAAGGAAACAUAAGAACCAGGUUUAAUAAGGGAGGGGCUGCAUGGUGGGGGAUUUAUUAGUUUCAAAAGCUGAAGGUUUUCUUUGUGGAGUUUGCAUGAUCUCCCUGUGUUUGAGGUGUGAAUGUGAGUGUGUGGUUUGUGUCUGUGUUUGCUUGUACCGGCUCCGGCGCCCGCUGACCCCUGAAAACAAGAUAAUAUGGAUGAGUCCCCAGGUUUAAAAAGCUUUACUUGAUCGAGUUUUUCUGUAUGAAUUUUAAAAAAAAAAAAAAAAUCACAUUUUUUGUAAACAAUAAAAAGUUGUAGAAGUUUUUAUUGGUGAGUUUGUUUCCCCUCGGGCGCUGUUCUUUACUGUAUGAGGCGGAGCCAGCCGCUCCACAUCCUCGGCGCUCCCCGCGCUCCUCCA